AUGCAUCUUCUAAACCCGUCCAAAGUCAUAGACUUAUCCCUGCUCACCCUCCUCUCAGCGGCAGUUGUCCUCUCCGCUCCCGCUCCUGUUGGCCCUGCUGCUCCUUGGCCUACAGAUGACAAAACCCUUGCGGUAAUCGACAAAUAUUCCCGCUACUCAGUCGCAGCCUACUGCGAGAAACUAAACGGCGACUCUGUCAAUAACAAAGUAUGCACCAAUAAGAUCCCGGGGUACUGCGGCGAUCUCGCGGAUGCCGUCACCGUUCAUCAAUUCCACGCCACCAACUCCAUCUCUGGCAACGUUGCCGUGUCCAACAAGACCCAGUCCAUCGUGGUGAGCUUCCGGGGCACUGCGAGUGUUAAAGACAUCUUGACAGACCUCAGGGUGAAAUUCAAGGACCCGAAGAAGCACCUUGAACGGAUGACGGCCGUGUCUCAAGCCAUUGGCGCAGUUCCUCCCGCCGCAUCCCCGGGUGACACUGACCCGGUCCUUCCUCUCUGCAACAAGUGCCGAGUCCACGCAGGAUUUUGGGACGCCUUCCGUGGCGUCAAAGACGUCCUGAACAAGGUCGUCAAGGAACAACGCAAGCAGCAUCCCGGCUACCAAGUGGUCAUCACGGGGCACUCUCUAGGAGGAGCAGUGGCCUCCAUUGCUGCUGGGUAUUUCCGCAAGAGCGGCAUCCACGUUGACGCAUAUACUUACGGCUCCCCCCGGAUAGGCGACCCGGCCUUUGCAACGUUCACCUCCAGCCAGAAGAACGGCCUCACGACGCGCGUUACCAACGGCCGCGACCCGGUUACCGUGGUCGUCGGCAUUGGUUAUGGGUACGCGCAUACUACGCCCGAGUAUUGGUUCCCCAAGAGGGUUGAGCAGCCCAGGAAUGUCAAGAUUUGCGAGGGCGUGCAAAACGUGAACUGCUCUGGGCAAUUCUACAUCAACCCCUGGUACGUCGGGGACCAUUCCAGUGCCAAGUAUUCGAGAGGUUUUGAAGCCUGUCCCGAACAGAAGAAGUUGGAGCCGGAAAUGUCGCAAGCUCAGGCUUUUACCGAGGCAGAUGUUGAGGAGUGGAAAAAGUUGGGAUUCGUGGACGACGUGGAUCAAAUCAAGGCAGCUCAGCUGUAG